AUGGAUCAUCCCGAUGUGUAUGGCGGUAGAAAGGCCGUCACGUCCAAGACUCGCCAAGAUGCUGCUGUAAGUGAGGCUAAGAGCUCUGCGGAGUCCGCUGGAAAAGGCGGAAAGCAGGUGAAGUCGGCCGUCUCAGCAGCCGCGUCUUCUAUUGAACCUUUCACGCCCAGUCCCUCCGUGCUAAUAUUGACUGUACUGAUUAUUGUGCUACUAAUAUCGAACGUCUGGGUAUAUAUGCGAGGCUCCCCUGGUUCUAUGCGAGAUCCAAACAAUCCACACCGACUCUUGAUACCAACACGCCCGAAGCAGCUGGACAUGCGACAGGCAAACGUCGUCCUCCAGGACGAAGUACAGAAUCUGCUCGAUACUCUCGCGAAUUCCCGACGUAUCACGGAGGAAAUCGAACUAGAUUUGCGGGAGCUACAAAAGUUUAUUCAAAAAGAGAGCAAGCAUCGUCAUUCUAGAACGGCAUCCACUGAGUUGUAG